CUUGGGCCGGGAACCUGGCUACGGGUCCAUUCUGGGAGGUUGCGGGUGGAAUUGGGUGGAGUGUUUGUUCAGAGGGGGCGUAGGCCAGAAGGAGGAUGAAGCUGUGGGCUUGUGGGAUGGCCACCCUCAUGGCUCGUCCUCCUUGGAGGGGACCACCCAGCAAAGCUCCCUUUGAUGCUGGGGCGCGUGAAGGAGAGCAGGUCCUGGAACUUGGGAUGCCUCCAAGUAAUCCCUGUCAGUCUAUGUAGGGUACGAACUCCAGACCCUUGCCGAGGGCAUUCUAGUGUGCUUGCUAUCUUAGGGUUUCUGUUGCUGCGAUGAAACACCAUGACCAAAAAAGCAAGUUGGGGAGAAAAGGGUUUAUUUGGCUCACACUUCUAUAUGAUUGUUCAUCAUCUAAAGAACAGGGCAGGAACUUGGAGGCAGGAGCUGAUGCAGAGGCCAUGGAGGGGUGCUGCUUACUGGCUUACUCCUCAUGAUUUGGUCAGCCUGCCAGGUUCUGAAAAACCUAGAACUACCAGCCCUGAGAUGGCACCACCCACAAUGGAUGGACCCUCCCUCAUCAAUAACUGAUUAAGAAAGUGCCUCACAGGCCUACCUGCCACCAGAUGGUAUGGAGGUGUUUUUCUUAAUUGAGCCUCCCUCCUCUCAGAUGCCUUCAGUUUGUGUCAAGUUGACACAAAACCAUCCAGCACACGUGCCCACACCUCGUCAUAAAAGUGGUUAGGAUGCUGCUGAACUUUGCAUGCAAUUUUAACACAAUGGGUAUGUUCAGUAAUUGACCCAUAAGUCACACACCAGAGAAUUAGGAACCAAUUCUGUGUGUGUGUGCACUGGCAGAAUAAUGAUAGAGGGACUCGUGGUAGACAGUAGAUGCUAUUUGUAUCUAUUACAAAUGUAUCUAUUAUAAAUAUAAUAAUGUGUCUAGAUAAUAAAUUGAUAAACCUAAAAUUAUAAUCCACUGUGAUCCAUCCAUAUAGACCAUGAAUGGACCAUAUGCUUCUUUUGCUUACAGUAGAACCCCAAGCACCCAGAAAGCAUUCACAGACCGCUGUUCUCAGUGUGCUGCUGUCUCCUGGGGCCUUACCGAUGAAGGCAAAUAUUACUGUACCUCCUGCCACAACGUCACAGAUCGAUCUGAGGAAGUGGUGAGCACUGCAGUUAUCCCUAACACGAAGAUCAACUCCAUCAGCAGGGGCCUGAGACAGAGAAGCAAGCAUGAGAAAGGCUGGGAUUGGUAUGUGUGUGAAGGUUUCCAGUGCAUACUUUAUCACCAAGCAGAAGCCCUGGAGACCCUCGGAGUAAGCCCAGAACUAAAGAAUGAAGUCUUACACAGCUUUUGGAAGCGCUACCUUCAGAAGAGCAAGCAGGCCUAUUGUAAAAAUCCAGUUCGUACAAGUGGAAGGAAAGCCAAGGUAUUAGAAGACAAUCUGCAGUCCUCUGACUGGGCCAGUGAUCUUGAGCUGCUAAGUGAUACCACAUGUCCCCUUGAAAGUGGAGCAGAGUUCCAGUCUGACCCUCAGACUCCAAAGCCUUUCCCUGUCACCAAAGGAUCACCAAAGUCAGCAGCAUCUGUCUGCUCUGGAUCUGUUGAUGGAGUGGAGUACUCAGAGCGGAAGGAGAAGGGGCUCGUGAAGAUGACCGUGCCCAGGACACUUGCUCUCUGCUAUCUGUCCUUGCUCUGGCAGAGAGAAACAAUUACACUUUCAGACCUUUUGAGGUUUGUUGAAGAGGACCGUAUUCCGUACAUAAAUGCUUUCAAGCUUUUUCCAGAAGAGAUGAAAGUAUAUGGUCGUGACAAAGGCAUCUUUGUUGUAGAGUCUUGGCCUGACUAUGAAGACAUCUAUAAAAACAUGAUUGAAGUCGCCAUAUUUUUAGAUUUGCCUCGUUUCCCAGACAUAACUGAAGACUGCUACCUCCAUCCCAACACCUUGUGUAUGAAAUACUUACUGGAGGUCAAUCUCCCUGAUGAAAUGAACACUUUAACCUGUCAAGUAGUAAAGUUGACUGGAAUUGGAGAAGUGGAUUUUCUGACGUUUGAUCCGAUAGCUAAAAUGAAAAGGACAGUUAAAUAUGAUGUGCAGGCUGUAGCUGUCAUUGUGGUUGUGUUGAAGCUGCUGUUUUUGCUGGAUGACAAGCUGGAAUGGUCCUACUCAGAUCUUGCUGAAGCAUAUAACGAAGAACACAGAGAAGACACACCGCAGUUUGAUUUCAGAAAAUGGUACCAAGUUAUGAAGAAAACUUUUGAUGAGAAAAGACGAAAAUGGGAAGAAGCAAGGGCCAGGUAUGCUUGGAAAACCAAAAGGCCACUCUACCGUUCACACAUUGAUAAGUCAGUCGCAUAUAAGAGAAGAGAAAUGGUAGAGAAUCUUCAAAGACAAUUUAGUGCCCUGGUUGGUUCAGCACCUGUGGUUGAAAAGCAGGCCCCUUCAAGUUUUCAGUUCAACUGGACUGAAGAAGGCACUGAUAGUCCUUGUUUCCAUGGUCAUAGCCUCCAGACACUCCUGAUAACGAAAGGCCAGUCCUUGAUAACCAAGAACCCCCUGUAUUGGCUCAGUACCCAGAAGUUCUGCAAAAGCUACUGUAAACAUGUAACAACUUAUGAAGAAUCAAAUUUUUCUUUGAGUUACCAGUUUAUACUAAACAUCUUCUCCUUCUUACUGAGAAUAAAGGCCUCUGCUCUCCAUGAAGAAGUGAGCUUACUUGAAAAGAAACUUUUUGAAAAAAAAUACAAUGAAUCAAGAAAGAGCUUAAGAUCCAAGAAAGUAAGAAGACAAUGAGAAGCCAGAGAGGGGCUUGCUCUGAAAGGUGCUCUAUAGGAUAAUGGUGUCUUAGUGCUAUGUCCCAGGGAACUGUGUGAAGUCUAUUGUUGAACAGGCAUACACUUUGACACGUGUCUUUACAUGCAUUGUAAAAUAGGCAAACUUUGAAUUAUUUUCAUAAAUAUUUUUUCAGAAAAAUAAAUUUUAUGGAAAUGACACCUGGAAA